CGUGGCGGGAAAGGCGGCUUUUGAAGGCCCUGAGUGCUGUCUGCCUUGGCUGCCCGUGGCAAUGGAGUCGCAGCCCGAGAAGCGGGCGGCCGCCGAGCCCGCCGACUCGGGAGGGGAAGGCGGCGCGGGCGGGCUGCCGCAGGUCGCCGGUGGCCGCGCGACGCGCAGCGAGGACCGCGUGACGCUGCUGCUCAGGCUUCGAGCACAGAUAAAACAACAACUCGUGGAAUAUAAAUCGAUGGUUGAUGCAAAUGAAGAAAAAACUCCAGAACAAAUCGUGCAAGAAAACCAAAUUGAGGAUAAAAUUGAAGAACUGGAGAAUGAAAUUGAAGAGGUAAAAAUUGCUUAUGAAAUGAAAAGUAUUGCAUUAAACAGGAUACAACGUUCAACUGCACUUCAAAAUAACCUGGAAAAUAUCGAUGCCAAGAAUAGUGAAUUCAUGGAUAAUAUGAAACAAAUAUUAAAGCUAAAUAAACUAAUAAUAAGAUCACAGAAGGAAUCUCGAAGUUUACAGAGAAAACGGCUUGAGAUCAGAAAGAAGAGAUUGGAUUUAAAAAAAGCUUCAGAAAGUAAGCUUUUAGAAAUACAGACUGAAAAGAACAAACAGAAAGAAGAUUUGGACAGUAUGGAAAAUUCAGACAAGAUAAAGACCAUACAACAAAACCUACAGAUGGAGAUAAACAUAACUACAGUCAUUCAACAUGUGUUCCAGAACCUCAUUUUGGGGAGUAAAGCUAAUUGGGCAGAGGAUUCUGCUUUGAAGGAAAUUGUUCUUCAACUUGAGAAGAAUCUCACCAGGAUCUAAUGAGAAUUCUCGUGUGGCAUUUUUGGUUUUGUCUUUGAUGUGUCAUUUAAAUACCAGAUUUCAAGAAAACUCUGUUUUGGGAACUAUUCUAAUACUCAAUUUUUUUUUAGCUUGAGUCAAUAAUAUGAAAACUGUGUUUUAAAUAUGCUAAUUAAAGUUACUGGUACACUACUAAAAAACCCUGAAAUCCUAUCCUUGAAAGGAAGAUGUUUGGUCCAGCUUUGCAAUGAAUAUGUACAUUUUUCUAUAACAUUCCUGGCCAGUCCUAAUUCUUACUAUGAAUACAUUUGUGCAUUUGACACACCAAAAUAUUAGAAAAGUAUAUCCAAUGUGUUAGCAGUUUGUAGUAAUUUUUUAUAGUAGAAUUGUAAGUGACUCUUUCUGUACU